CUCUCCUCCUCACUCUCCUCACUCUCCUCCUCACUCUCCUCUUCACUCUCCUCCUCACUCUCCUCUUCACUCUCCUCUUCACUCUUCUCCUCAACUCACUCUCCUCCUCACUCUUCUCCUCACUCUCCACACUCUACUCUCUCUCCUCCUCACUCUAUUCCUUCUCUCCUCCUCUCUCUCCUCACUCUUCUCUUAACCUCACUCUCCUCCUCACUCUCCUCCUCACUCUCCUACUCACUCUCCUCCUCACUCUCCUCACUCUCCUACUCACUCUCCUCCUCACUCUCCUCCUCACUCUCCUCCUCACUCUCCUCACUCUCCUCCUCACUCUCCUCACUCUCCUCCUCACUCUCCUCUUCACUCUCCUCCUCACUCUCCUCCUCACUCUCCUCACUCUCCUCCUCACUCUCCUCACUCUCCUCCUCACUCUCCUCUUCACUCUCCUCCUCACUCUCCUCUUCACUCUCCUCUUCACUCUCCUCCUCACUCUCUUCCUCACUCUCCUCACUCUCCUCCUCACUCUCCUCUUCACUCUCCUCCUCACUCUCCUCUUCACUCUCCUCCUUGAUCUCCUCUUCACUCUCUUUCUCGCUCUCCUCUUCACUCUCAUCCUCUCUCUCCUCACUCUUCUCCUCACCUCACUCUCCUCCUCACUCUUCUCCUCACUCUCCACACUCUACUCUCUCUCCUCCUCACUCUAUUCCUUCUCUCCUCCUCUCUCUCCUCACUCUUCUCCUCACCUCACUCUCCUCCUCACUCUCAUCCUCACUCUCCACUCUCCUCCUCACUCUCCUCUCUCUCCUCCUCUCUCUCCUCACUCUUCUCUUAACCUCACUCUCCUCCUCACUCUCCUCACUCUCCUCCUCACUCUCCUCACUCGUGUCUUCCCUCUGCAGUGUCCGGUGGAAAGAUGCAUCAGACAGUCAGAAGGCAAAGGCCACCUUAUCUGAGGCUGCUGUGUCAGUGGUGUGGGACCAGGAUGGCCUCAGCUCAACUCCAGAGAGACAAAGGGCAAAAGGGUUUGGAAGUCCUGGGUGA